UUCACCAACCUUUUCCUCAGUGCCCAAAUUCGCCACAAGGCAUCCCGUUUAUUCAUAGGCUGUUGGCACGUUGCAACACCGCUUCUCCACCACGAUCUCCGUCAUCCGCAGUUUGAUCGGACUUGGUACUUGCCCCGUCACCUGGCUCGCUCAUCUGCACUUCUUCCCGGACACCUGGCUCGCUCAUCUGCUCUCGUCACGCCAAGGGAACAGUAAGAAAGAGAGUUACUGCACCCAGUCAGGGUGGAGGACCUGCGACGAUGAUUGCUGAGCUGCGUGAGCUACGAGUGCCUCGUCCGCGUGACAAGUCGGUACCUAGGCCCUUGUCCCACGUCCAGUCAGCCGUCUUCGCUGGUCCCUGACCCGAUCCGGUCUCUGCUUUGGUCGGUAAAAGCAGAGCAGGCAGCCGUAUUCCUUUAGGAUUUUAACGCGCCGUGGACGAAUUGUCCAUACGUUAAUACGUCCGAAAGCGGCAGCAACUUAAUUUCGUUGUCAGAUGGGGCGCAUCAACAGAGCUCUUGGAUGUAUACUUACCACCUUUUCGUUUCUUUCUCGUACGUUUAUGCUGUCCUCUUACCAGGAGCCUAGAGUUUGACAAGUUCCCAACGGGGUGGUCGCAUGUGACGUUUGCUCUUUACGCUUCCAGGCAAAUAUCUGUGGCAUUAUGCAAAGUAUGCCGCCAGGGUCAGGCGAACCAGAAAGGAAGCGGCCAGCAUCGGUUGCCUUUUCUGUGAAGCGCUCACGUAAAACAAGAAAUGUACUUGGCACGCCAACUAGAUCGUGCCUCCCUUUCACACCGGCGAACGACGACACUGACGAAGACGUGCAACCAUUUAUCGACGAUCCUACGUACUCACUAACCACCCAUAAACACAAGCUCCUUCUGGAUCCCCUUACGCAAUUCAGAACUCUCUACAACGAAGGCAGCUUUCUGGCGUCUGAGGGGAGAUACGCCGAAGCACUGUCACGCUGGUCGCAGGCCCUCACCCUCGUAACAGAUUCUCUCAAUGUAAGAGAGGUUGCUCAAGUGCACGAAAUGCGAGCGCAAGUACAUUUAGAACGAACCGAGUGGUUCGAGGCUGUAAAGGCCGCAGAGACCGCUAGUCAAUUAUGUCCACAGUGGGCAGAAGCAUGGCAGACACUUGGAAGGGCGCAGAUGGCUUUUGGUGAACCCGUACUUGCUGCUCAAAGCUUUGAACAUUGUUUAUGCAUUGAUUCGUCGCUUACGGAGGUGGUCGAGGAGGAGCUAACAUUUGCAAGAGAUAUUGCCAAACGGUUACGAGAAAAGGGUCUGGAGCAUGCCAGAGAGGUUGGAGGCGUUUGAUGGUACCGGACGAUGAGGUGAAUGGCUAAAGCUCCGAGUUUACCCAGUACAUCAAUGUCACCAGAUCCAUCAUUAAUGGCCAAUACCCGCCUGCUAGUCCCAUCUUUGUUGGUCUGCGAUCCAUAUCGUUGACGCUGAGCCCUAAGCACACGAGUAUGGUGAUAAAGGCAGUUUGGAGGGAGGGAAUGCUGAACUCUUGGAAUGCCGAUAAACGCAUGGUCUAGUGGAACAAGCUAACAAAUCGCAACAUUACGUUGCACCCGUCAAACCCCAACGGACAUGGAAGAUCAGCAUCCUUGACACGGGUCUUGCGGCCUGCGACAUGGCAGCACCUUUGCCUAUCCUGAUUUGCAAUGGAUAUGGAAAGCCAUUUCCGCAAUUCCCAAAAAUGGGGCUUUAUUUGACAUGAAGCUGUCAGUAUUGAUGGUCCGCGUGCACGGGCGCGUCCUUCUGUUCAUACAUUCGUCAAUGGCUCAUUGAGGAUCGUGGAACGCUCCAGCAAGUGGCGCUAGUUGAGAUACCUUUUUGCUUCCUGUUCGUUUUCGCCGGCAGGAGGUACACGUUUUCCAAGUUGGUGUAUUCGUGACUUUGGUAAUGACACGGCAUUCAAAGAAAGUAAAUGAGCACAUGUCCAAAAACAAUAAUAUUUCCUGCCGGAUCUUUACAAUGGAUUGUAAAGCUCUAAAGAUUUGUAUCCAUACUACAACAUGACUUUCUUUUCUACGGCUCUUACAAGCCAG